AUGGGGAAGAGCCGCGAGAUGCGCCUGACUCACAUCUGCUGCCUCCUCUACCAGCUGGGGGUUCUGUCGAAUGGGAUCGUUUCAGGGCUGCAGUUCGCCCCCGACCGCGAGGAGUGGGAAGUCGUGUUUCCUGCACUCUGGCGCCGGGAGCCGGUGGACGCGGCCGGCGGCAGCGGGGGCAGCGCGGACCCAGGCUGGGUGCGCGGCGCCACGGGCGGCGGAGGCGCCCGGGCUCAGGCAGCCGGCAGCUCCCGCGAGGUGCGCUCCGUGGCCCCGGCGCCGCUCCAGGAGCCCGCGGAAGGCCGGUCAGAGCCCCGGCCCCGACCCCCGCCGCCGGAGGGUGAAGAGGACGAGGAGCUCGAAUCGCAGGAGGUGCCGCGGGGAUCCAGCGGGGCUGCCGCCCUGUCCCCGGGCGCCCCGGCCUCGUGGCAGCCGCCGCCGCCGCCGCCCCCAUCUCCGCCCCCGGCGCAGCAAGCAGAGCCGGACGGCGACGAGGUACUGCUGCGGAUCCCGGCCUUCUCCCGGGACCUGUACCUGCUGCUCCGGAGAGACGGCCGCUUCCUGGCGCCGCGCUUCGCGGUGGAACAGCGGCCGAGUCCGGGCCCGGGCCCCACGCGGGCAGCAGCCGCCCCGCGCCCUCCGGCGCCACCCGACGCCUCCUGCUUCUACACCGGGGCUGUGCUGCGGCACCCCGGCUCGCUGGCCUCUUUCAGCACCUGCGGAGGUGGCCUGAUGGGAUUCAUACAGCUCAAUGAGGACUUCAUAUUUAUUGAACCACUCAAUGAUACAAUGGCCAUAACGGGUCACCCACACCGUGUAUAUAGGCAGAAAAGGUCCGUGGAGGAAAAAGUCACAGAGAAGUCAGCUCCUCACAGUCAUUACUGUGGUGUCAUUUCAGAUAAAGGAAGAACUAGAUCUAAAAAAAUAACAGAAAGUGGAAGAGGGAAACGAUAUUCAUACAAAUUACCUCAAGAAUACAACAUAGAGACUGUAGUGGUUGCAGACCCAGCAAUGGUUUCCUAUCAUGGAGCAGAUGCAGCCAGGAGAUUCAUUCUAACCAUCUUAAAUAUGGUUUUUAACCUUUUCCAACACAAGAGUCUUGGUGUGCAGGUCAAUCUUCGUGUGAUAAAGCUUAUUCUGCUCCAUGAAACUCCAGCAGAUCUAUAUAUUGGGCAUCAUGGAGAGAAAAUGCUAGAGAGCUUUUGUAAGUGGCAACAUGAAGAAUUUGGCAAAAAGAAUGAUAUACAUUUAGAGAUGUCAACAAACUGGGGAGAGGACAUGACUUCAGUGGAUGCAGCUAUACUUAUAACAAGGAAAGAUUUCUGUGUACACAAAGAUGAACCAUGUGAUACUGUUGGUAUAGCUUACUUGAGUGGAAUGUGUAGUGAAAAGAGAAAAUGUAUUAUUGCUGAAGACAAUGGCCUGAACCUUGCAUUUACAAUUGCUCAUGAAAUGGGCCACAACAUGGGGAUUAAUCAUGACAAUGACCACCCAUCAUGUGCGGAUGGUCUUCAUAUCAUGUCUGGUGAAUGGAUUAAAGGACAAAAUCUCGGCGAUGUCUCGUGGUCCCGAUGUAGCAAGGAAGAUUUGGAAAGAUUUCUAAGGUCAAAGGCCAGUAACUGCUUGCUACAGACAAAUCCCCAGAGUGUCAAUUCCGUGAUGGUUCCCUCCAAGUUGCCAGAGAUGACAUACACUGCUGACGAGCAAUGUCAGAUUCUUUUUGGGCCAUUGGCUUCCUUUUGUCAAGAGAUGCAGCAUGUUAUUUGCACAGGGUUGUGGUGCAAGGUAGAAGGGGAAAAAGAAUGCAGAACCAAACUAGAUCCACCAAUGGACGGAACCGAUUGUGACACUGGUAAGUGGUGUAAGGCUGGAGAGUGUACCAGCAGGACCUCAGCACCUGGACUCGUGGCUGGAGAGUGGAGCAUGUGGAGUCCCUGUAGCCGAACCUGCAGUUCUGGGAUCAACAGUCGAGAGCGCAAAUGUCCUGGGCUAGGUUCUGAAGCAAGGGAUUGUAAUGGUCCCAGAAAACAAUACAGAAUAUGUGAGAAUCCACCUUGUCCUGCAGGUUUGCCUGGAUUCAGAGACUGGCAAUGUCAGGCCUAUAGUGUUAGAACUUCGUACCCAAAGCAUGUACUUCAGUGGCACGCUGUCAUGGAUGAAGAAAAACCAUGUGCCUUGUUUUGCUCUCCUGUUGGAAAAGAACAGCCUAUUCUUCUAUCAGAAAAAGUGUUGGAUGGAACUUCUUGCGGAUAUCAGGGAUUAGAUAUCUGUGCAAAUGGCAGGUGUCAGAAAGUUGGCUGUGAUGGUUUAUUAGGGUCUCUUGCAAGGGAAGAUCAUUGUGGUGUAUGCAAUGGCAAUGGAAAAUCAUGCAAAAUCAUUAAAGGAGAUUUUAAUCACACCAGAGGAGCAGGUUAUGUAGAAGUGUUGGUGAUACCUGCUGGAGCAAGAAGAAUCAAAGUUGUGGAGGAAAAGCCGGCACACAGCUACUUAGCUCUCCGAGACACUGGAAAACAGUCUAUUAAUAGUGACUGGAAGAUUGAACACUCUGGAGCAUUCAACUUAGCGGGAACUACUGUCCAUUAUGUAAGACGAGGUCUCUGGGAGAAGAUCUCCGCCAAAGGUCCUACUACAUCACCAUUACACCUCCUGGUGCUGCUGUUUCAAGACCAGAAUUAUGGUCUUCAUUAUGAAUACACUAUCCCAUCAGACCCUCUACCAGAGAAUCAGAGCUCCAAAGCACCUGAACCCCUUUUCAUGUGGACACACACAGGCUGGGAAGAUUGCGAUGCCACGUGUGGAGGAGGAGAAAGGAAGACAACAGUGUCUUGCACGAAAAUCAUGAACAAAAACAUCAGCAUUGUGGACAAUAAGAAAUGCAAAUACUUAACCAAGCCAGAGCCACAGAUUCGCAAGUGCAAUGAGCAACCGUGCCAAACAAGAUGGAUGAUGACAGAAUGGACCCCAUGUUCACGAACUUGUGGAAAAGGGAUGCAGAGCAGACAAGUGGCCUGUACCCAGCAGCUGAGCAAUGGAACCCUGAUGAGAGCCCGGGAGAGGGACUGCGCCGGGCCCAAGCCGGCCUCCACCCAGCGCUGCGAGGGCCAGGACUGCAUGACCGUGUGGGAGGCGGGCGUGUGGUCCGAGUGUUCAGUGAAGUGUGGCAAAGGUGUACGUCAUCGGACUGUGAGGUGUACUAACCCCAGAAAGAAAUGCGUCCUCUCCACCAGACCCAGGGAGGCUGAGGACUGUGAGGAUUACUCCAAGUGCUACGUGUGGCGAAUGGGUGACUGGUCUAAGUGCUCAAUUACCUGUGGCAAAGGAAUGCAGUCCCGUGUUAUUCAGUGCAUGCAUAAGAUCACAGGAAGACAUGGAAAUGAAUGUUUUUCUUCAGAAAAACCUGCAGCAUACAGGCCAUGCCACCUUCAGCCCUGCAAUGAGAAGAUCAAUGUAAAUACUAUAACAUCACCCAGGCUGGCUGCUCUGACUUUCAAGUGCCUGGGAAAUCAGUGGCCUGUGUACUGCCGGGUGAUACGUGAGAAGAACCUCUGUCAGGACAUGCGGUGGUAUCAGCGCUGCUGUGAGACGUGCAGGGACUUCUAUGCCCAAAAGCUGCAGCAGAAGAGUUGACCUCUAGCAGGCUGGCUCUUUGCAAUUACAUUAUUUAUAAACACACACACUAGCAUGUUUUUCAGACCAAAUAUUAUCA